CCCUCAGCUGGUGUAGCGACCACUCACUCAGGCUCUGUCCGCUUGUUGUUUGCCUACUUUUACUCAACUUUAUUUCCAGCGCGCGUGGAGCUUUGAGCAUCACUGUCUGCGUGGGGAUUUUGGACAACUCGCAGCUGCAACAUGGACUAAAGCAACAGCCCCUGGAAAGUGUGGAUAUUUGGAGAAAGAAGAGUAUAUUUGUGUUGAGAGACGACCUUUCUGAGGGUUGAAUUACCACCAUGGAAGAGGAAGACGAGCAUCUGCAGAACGGGAUCCACGCCACCAAGGACUCGGACCGGCAACAGCGGCUCAGACUUUGUGUUUUGAAUGAAAUACUGAACACAGAGAGGGAUUAUGUUCGGACAUUGCUUUUUCUUCAGUCGGCAUUUUUGCACAGAAUCAGACAAACUGCAGAUGACCAACAGUGUCUCUCACCAGAACAUGUCAAGAUUCUGUUUUCAAAUAUUGAGGACAUCCUGGAGUUGCACAAAGAGGUGUUGUCCGCGGUCGAGUCCAGUCUGCAGCCCGAACCCCAGCCUCAGCAUGCACUGGGCCACGUGUUUCUCCAGUUUAGGAGAAGCUUCUCGGUGUACGGCGAGUACUGCAGUAAUCACGAGAAGGCUCUACGGCUUCUCAUGGAGUUAAACAAGAUCCCCAACAUCAGGACCUUCCUGUUGCACUGUAUGCUUCUGGGAGGAAAGAAAAGCACAGAUAUUCCCCUGGAGGGUUACCUCCUCACCCCCAUUCAGAGGAUCUGCAAGUAUCCUCUGCUGCUGAAGGAACUGCUGAAGCGAACCCCGAAGAAGCAUGCUGACUACCCGGCAGUGGAGGAGGCUCUGCAGGCCAUGAAGGCUGUCUGCUCCAACAUCAAUGAGACCAAGAGGCAGAUGGAGAAACUGGAGGCUCUGGAACAGCUGCAGUCCCACAUUGAAGGCUGGGAGGGAACAAACCUGACAGAUAUUUGCACAGAGUUGCUGCUUCACGGAAAUCUGCUCAAAAUCUCAGCUGGGAACAUCCAGGAACGGAUCUUCUUCUUGUUUGACAACCUUCUGGUUUACUGCAAGAGGAAGUCCAGGGUUUCUGGAAAGAAGUCCACCAAGAGGACCAAAUCUAUCAACGGGCCCCUCUAUGUGUUCAGAGGCAGGAUCAACACGGAGGUGAUGGAGGUGGAAAAUGUGGAGGAUGGAACAGCGGACUAUCACAGCAACAACUACACAGUGACCAACGGCUGGAAGAUCCACAACACAGCGAAGAACAAGUGGUUCGUCUGCAUGGCCAAAAAUGCUGAGGACAAGCAGAAGUGGCUGGAUGCCAUACUGAGAGAACGCGAGCAGAGAGAGAGUCUCAAACUGGGAAUGGAGCGGGACGCCUAUGUGAUGAUCGCCGAGAAAGGCGAAAAGCUCUACCACAUGAUGAUGACCAAGAGUCGACAUCUCAUCAAGGAUAGACGCCGGAAGCUCAGCAUUGUGCCUAAGUGCUUCAUGGGAAACGAGUUCGUGUCAUGGCUAAUAGAGAGUGGAGAGAUCAGCAAACCUGACGAGGGAGUCAACCUGGGACAAGCCUUGCUGGAAAAUGGCAUCAUUCACCACGUGUCAGACAAACACCAGUUCAAGAAUGAGCAGGUGUUGUACCGAUUCCGCUACGAUGAUGGCACCUACAAGGCCCGCAGUGAAAUGGAGGACAUCAUGUCGAAGGGCGUCAGGCUGUACUGCCGCCUCCACAGCCUCCACACGCCUGUCAUCAAGGACAGAGACCAUCAUCUGAAAACCUUUAAAUCUGUGGUGCCUGCCAGCAAACUGGUGGACUGGCUGCUCCUGCAGGGAGACUGCUCGACCCGAGAGGAUGCGGUGACGCUGGGUGUGGGGCUCUGCAACAAUGGCUUCAUGCACCACGUCUUGGAGAAGAGCGAGUUCAAAGACGAGUCCCAGUUCUUCCGUUUCUAUGCGGACGAGGAAAUGGAGGGAACGAGCACCAAGAGCAAGCAGCUCCAACGCAAUGACUUCAAACUCAUUGAAAACAUCUUGGCCAAGUCUUUGGUGAUUCACCCAGAGGAAGAAGACUACGGCUUCGAGAUUGAGGAGAAAAACAAGGCCAUAGUGGUGAAGUCUGUCACCAGAGGCUCACAUGCUGAGAUGGCCGGCCUGCAGGUGGGCAGGAAGAUCUUCACCAUCAACGAGGACCUGCUGUUCCUCCGGCCCUUCGCUGAGGUGGAGACCAUGAUCAGCCAGGCCUUCUGCAUACGGCGCUCCCUGCGGCUGCUGGUCGCCACAAAGGCCAAAGAGAUUGUGAAGAUCCCUGACAACCUAGACAGCCUCUCCUUCAGACUCCGUGGCUCGGCUCCUCCUCAUGUCCAUGCCGUCAGGAAAGGCUGGGAGGCGGCGGGGGCGGGUCUUCAGCCCGGCCAGGUCAUCCUGAAGGUCAACGGCAACAACGUCAACCGCAGCGACUACCAGGAGGUCCUGGAGCAUUUCAGCGCCCAGCACACACACCAGGAGCCUCCCCAAGUGUGUCAGUGGGUGUAUCGUGCAUUUGAAGAUGUUGAAGAGUUCCAGAAAGAGAGAGGGGAAGGUGAAAAGGAGGAGAGUCCUUUCACCCCUUAUCCAGUGGAGAACGGGUCGGACCACGAUGAGGAGAACGGCAACAAUGGAACAGACCACCGGCUGGCCCGACUGUCCCUCUCUGAUGAUCUACCCCUGGUCAGUAUGACGGUGGAUAACGUCCAUCUGGAGCACGGCGUGGUCUACGAAUACGUCAGCACCGCCGGCAUCAAGAGUCACGUUCUGGAGAAGAUGGUGGAGCCCAAAGGCUGCUUCAGCCUCACUGCUAAGAUCCUGGAGGCAUUUGCUGGUGAUGACAGACUCUUUGUGGAUAACUGCAGUCAGCUCAUCUCUCAGAGCGACCGUGUGGUCACCAUGCCUCAGUUUGAGUUCAGAGAGAUCUGUGACACAAAGCUGAAGAGGAUACGACAGCGAAUCAGCUGCUACCAGCAGUUUGCUGAGGAGCUGAGGAACAAAGCGUGGCCAUCCUUCAGGCAGGCUGGCAGUCAACCUCACCCUCUGGGCUGCAUGGACUUUGUCCCCACCAACUGCCAUGUCAACUUCAUGCAGGUCUCCUACCCCAAGAGCAUCACCUCAGCUGGCAGGACUUUCAGCAUCCGCUUUGGACGUAAAAACUCCUUGUUUGGACUGGAUCCUGACCAAGCGCAACUCAACCCCAUGUCCCACACGCAGCACUGUGUCACCAGCAUGGGAGCGCCAUCCUGGAAGUGCUCGGGCCUGGAAGGAGACGAGGCCGAUGGUAACGGGGAGGUGACCAUGGAUGGAGGCGAGGGCUUGAACGACAGCCGGCAGAGCAUCCAUGAGGAGGGCGGUCUGAGCUUCUUGCUCAAACAGGAAGACACGGAGACCCAGGAUAACUACAUCCACUUGUACAGCCGUCUGGAUGUGGCUGUGAGGGAGAUGAGGCAGUAUGUGGCUCAAAUAGACGUCCUAUUGUCAUCUAUAACUGAGCCCACACAACUCCAAGGCGAGGGUGGGGAGCCCCCGGUGUACGAGACCAGUCAGCCCCCGUCUCUGGCCCCCUGUGAGGAUGGCUGUGACCAGGACAAAGUGGAACAAGGUGGCAUUAAACGUGUCUGCUUCAAGGUGAACGAGGAGGACCAGGAGGACUCGGGUCAUGAUACGAUGAGCUACAGAGACUCCUACAGUGAAUGCAACAGCAACAGAGAUUCGGUGCUGUCCUACACCAGUGUGAGGAGUAACAGCUCGUACCUCGGCAGUGAUGAGAUGGGAUCAGGGGACGAGCUGCCGUGUGACAUGAGGAUUCCCUCGGACAAACAGGACAAGCUGCACGGCUGCCUCGAACACCUCUUCAACCAGGUUGACUCCAUUAACAGCCUGCUCAAAGGAUCUGUGAUGGUGAAGGCCUGUGAGGAGACCAAGCACUUUUACCCUGACCAUACUCAACCAGAGUUUCGUCAAACAGACGACUGGACCGCCCGGAGUCGUUCCAUGAUCCAUAAGAACAUCGGGGAGGACCCCUGGAACCUGCCCACCUCUAUCAAAACUCUGGUGGAGAGCCUGCAGAGAUAUGUGGAUGAUGGAAAGAACCAGCUUCUCCUGGCUCUGCUUAAAUGCACAGACACGUCUCUUCAGCUACGGCGGGACGUAAUCUUCUGUCAGGCGGCCACUGGUGCCUUGUGCACGCUGGUGGAGCAGCUUUUAGCAGCUCUGCGGUCCAGAUUCAACAACGCCGGCGAGUACCAAGAAGACGGCAAAGAGACCAGCAGGAAGUGGCUGGAGCAGAUAUCUGCCAUCGGAGUUCUGCUGCACUUCCAGUCCACGCUAACGCCGCACCAGAAGGAGGAGCGCACCAUGCUGGAAGACACCAAGGCGGCCCUGUUGGACUUGGACAAAGUCACUGUGUUCUUCAGGCAACUGGAGGACGAGUUUCUAGUCGCAAACACACCUGUGUGCUAUCAGGUUGAGGGCAGUCGACAGGCCCUGAGGAUCACCCUCUACCUGGACAGCUGUCACUUCAGCGAACUGCCCACCCGCCUGCAAAAUGGAGGCAGCCUCAAGCUACAUACAGUCCUCUUCACUAGAGCACUGGAGCGUCCGGAGGGAGUGUCCCAGCAGGACUACGCAGACAUGGAGGAGUUCCAGCAACGCACCAACGCUGUCUCGCUAGAGAGGGUCAAGGCCUACUACCGCAGACUCAGGGCUUUCUAUUUGGAGAAGUCCAAUCUCCCUACAGACUCCAACACCACUGCAAUGAAGAUAGACCAGCUGCUGCGACCUCUAAACACCCUGGACGACCUGUGUCGACUCAUGCAGUCCUAUGUCAACGUACGCCACAGCGCUCAGGGUCACCCGUCAGGUGUCAGCGUGCUGUGCGUGUCCUCUGAGCUGUGUAACCGCCUGGGAGCCUGCCACAUCACCAUGUGUGCUACAGGCAUGCAGAGGUGUACCCUCAGUGUGACGCUGGAGCAGGCAAUGAUCUUGGCCAGGAACCACGGCCUCAUGCCGCGCUGCAUCAUGCAAACUAUGGACAUAAUGCGCAAACAGGGGGCAAGAGUUGAGCUCUCUGCUAAAAAUCUCAAAGUAAUGGACCAGAUGCCUCCGUCAUUCCCAAGACUCUUCAAGCUGUGUUUGCCACCCUCAGAUGGGGAACUCUAAGAAAUCUGUCACUUCAUCAGAGGGCUCAUCAGAGAGAUGUUGAAGAGGAAGUCACGAUGAGAGAUGACAGAAAAAAAGAGACAGUUUUUCUCCACACUGCCAAUGGAAACACCCUGCCUUGACUGUCCCACUGCCCCACUUACACAGGGAUCAUUCCUCCACGGAUGCCACUAGAGUCUUCAGAGCAAGCUGGCAGGACUGUAUUAUAAAUGUUAGUUUUCAAAGACCAACAGUGACACUGAUGCAGCCUGAAGCUCAGGACUAGUCAUGAACUGUUUUACUGGGAUACCACCCACAUAGAAGAAUACUUGCUUUGGCUGUCUGUCCACACAAAGCUGACAUGGAUGACUUGAAAAGUGGUGCAAAAUAUCGUAAAAUGCAGAGAGAAGGCAUCACCAUGACUAUGCUCUUACUAUUAACUGGAUUAACCAAACUACCUGUAGCAAACUGUCAUCCUAAUGUUUCCAUUUUGCCUUGGACUGCAACUCCAGAGAGCUGCCUCUUUGUCUGUUAAGGCUGGGGGAGUUCCCCAGGGCUCGAUGCUUGGACCCCGAGUGAAGUAGUUAGAAUAGCUGCAGAAAGUCAAAGUAAAGACAGAAAGAUGGAAGUAGGGAUCGAGGGAUGACGGAAAAGAUAGAUACGAGCAGAGUGCUGCUCUUUUUAAGCCUGUUGCAUGAGGUUUCUGUGCAAUUACUGUAGGUUUAGUGUGAGUACUGUAUUACUGCACUAUAUGAAGGAUAGUUAUUUAUUGUGUCUGGAAGGAGCGUUUUUAUCCCUCACUUAUGAUAUAUCAGGUAUUAAAGAAUCUAAAAGCAUUCCGGCCUAAGUAUUGAACAGUAUUUAAAGGACCAAGGCAUGCCGUUUUUUUAGACGUAACAGCUUGUGUAUUUUUAUUUAUAUGUAUGGACUUUUAUCACGUCAGGAAGUGAUACAUUAAUCUUCAGGGAGAGAGAAGCUAGCUAAUCAGAAUCUAGACAAAGGUAGCUAAAGCCUGGCACACACUAAAGGUUUUAAAAUAUCAACUAAAUUUUUUACACAUGGCGACAUAUGGCAGAUUUAACUGUUUUGUUCUUACAAUGUAGUGUUCAAUAAGAUGGCAAAAACAGUGAACCACAAACUAAUGUAUUCAUUCACCUACAACCAGAAACUCCACUCUCCAAACUCCAGAUAUUGUGUGGAAUAGCCAACUCCCCUAGGACCCACUCAGAAAAAUUAGAAAUAAUUUUUAUUGGAUUUUAUUGACAGAAUCCAAACAUAGUGAGCCGACUUACUAAACAGAUUGUCGCCAAAAGAUCUAUUUUUAAAAUAUCCAUUAUUACAACAGUGUAUAAGGGCAACUCUAAUUAAUUAUAAUAUAAAGGUUCUGCUAAUUUUUGAGGGAAAACACAUCAAAUGUUUUUUUUCUUCAAAAGUUUUAUAUUUAUACGGACUAAAUUGUAGAAUUUUUCAGAUAUAAAUAGCCAAUUUCAUGGAAGAAAAUUAUACCAGAUAAAGCCGUUUGUCUUGCACUAGUACAGCUGUUGAGAGCCUAUUCAAGUUAUACAUUUUACUGGGUCUGAUCAAUAAGAAAAGUACUUUUUUUGUUUAGCCCGGAAUAAUCACAUUAUUAUUGUUACCUGGACUUAAAAGAGGUGUUUCUGUAAUAAUGUUGUAAAUUUGUGACUUUAGAAAACUGGAAUUUUUUGAGUUUAUAAUGUCAAAAUAUAUGAUCUUUUAAACUUAAAUAUUUCUAGUUUUUUACUCAUAAAUUUACAGCUCUUUAAACUCUGAAAUACUAACUUUGGUUUCUUGUAAAUAUCUGACUUCAUCUCAAAAAUUGUAUUUGUCCUUCUCAAAAAUUUAGAUUUUUUUUCUCUCAAAAAUGAUUGGAUCCUCUUUGUUAUUCAAUAGGGCUGUCAAGAUUAAUCGAUGGUUAACUACAUUUAAUCAAGGGCCACAAUAAUGUCACUAUUAUUACCGGGAUUAAUUGUAUGCUUUAUUGUAACCUUUAACACAUUUUGGUUAAGGUGUGUCGGCGUCCCCCAGGAGUUCCCUGACCCCAGGUUGGGAGCCAGUGCUUUAGAGUAAACAAGCUAACUGUGGCUAGCUGUUAGCUACCUGCUACAGUGACAACAGUGAGCUCUCCUUGUUGUCAGUCCAACUGUGUUAUGUUUUACUGCAGUGGUUCUCAACCAGUCUAGUGUCAGGACCCACCACCAACUCCUUACCAAAAAAUAAUGACCCAGAUUCCUUACAUUUUUGAUCAUAACUUGGGUUUUCAAGAUAAUUGCAAUAAUUGUGAUUAACUAAGGCCCACAGUUGGUGCACUAGUUUUCUUUGACUGAAUUAAUUGCAUUAUUUAUGCUCCCUUUCUGAACAUAUUGGUUAACCCGCUGUAGCAUCUGAUGUAAAGUAAGCCCGCCACUGCUCCCUAAUGUCAGUUAAAAAGAAGUCACAGACAGCUCAGUGGACAAGUCAAAAGUCAUCUGCAUCUUGUGUACUAAUACUUUAUAUCCUUUUAAAUCCAUAACAAGUCCCUUUUUCUGUGAUUAAGUUUAUGCCAAAACGUUUUAUCUACUUACGAAGGUUUAUAUCCAAACAGGAAGCCAAUGACUCUUAGUUUAAGACAGUCAAAAAAUCCAAAAUGACACAUUUUGAAUGCAAUGUAGUGGAAUUUUAGAAUGGAACAAAAUUGAUGCAAUUAAUCGCGAUUACCUGCAGAACUCUGAGGUUUAUCGUGAUUAAAAUGUUAAUCUUUUGACAGCCCUAAUUAUAGCCAAACUUCUUUAUGAAAAAGUUUGGUGUUGAUAUGGUGCAAAAAAUGUUAUAGAACAAAGAGGUGGAAACAUUUCCUUCAAAAUAAAAGCACAUCAUUGGCAUAGACAUGAGCCACUUUUGAAUCCCGACCCACCAGUGUGGAAGUAAGAUUUUACAGAAAACUUACAAAUAUUUAAAUUUUUGCCACAGUUCGCCACAUUGUUGUCCAUCUCUAACGUCCAUCUAAACUUCAGAUUUCACAUUUACGAAUGCUGGCAUGGCUGGGUUUGUUGUGCUUCCUCAUUCCGUCAGCUUGCUCUCUGAUUGGCUAUCGUUCCAUUCAGUGUAACAAUGGUUAAAUAUCUGUCAAAUAAUUGUUACAACCAUAUUCAGGCCUUUAUUACUUUAAUCAGAAGAGAGAAUCUGACCUAAAUCAGAGUGACUAUCUUUUAUUGUGUGCCAGGCUUAAACAAAUACGAGGCUGCUUGCCUAUCAGCAGCCAGUUAAACGUUUUGGAAAUUGAAUCAUUGUUAAAUUAUUAAUAUAUUAAUUCAAAUGUAGUUGAAGGGUUUCCUUCCCUUAACUAAGACAUUUUUAAAUUUGUUUUUACAUUGUCUUGGGUCUAUUUGCUGUAAAGUAAGCACAAUGAUUGGUCCAAUCGAGUCGCAGUGUUAGUAGACAGUACUGUAAACAGUUUGUGGAUGACAUAAACAAAGGGAUCGUUUCAGGACUGAAACACAGUAUGUUCUCUUUAUUUGAAUUUCUUGUACAUACCAACUGUAACAGUGUCAGAGAACAGAGGUAGGACUUGUCUUACAGCAGCAAAGUAAUCCUUUGAAUUAAAUUGGAUUAUUUUUAUGAUAAUGGUAAUAUAGCAUAUGAAGCAUUUUGUAUUCAGUUUUUCUGUUCUGGGUGUAACCUCACUGACAACUUCUUGUUCAACUUCUUGUUUUUGCCUGUUUUAAAGGUUGGACAUGCGUCCCAAGAAUGCGUCUUGACAUGCUGCAUUCAUUAAGCAGAUCACUUAGACCUUUUUAUUUAUUUAAAAGACGUCUGGCUCCAAAAAAGCAUGCGCAAAUAUGCAUCCUUGUGCACAAGCAUGCCCACUGUUGAAAGACCCAGUACCAUUUUAAUUUCAAAGUCUUAAUCUGAGCAGUGUAUAUUUGAAAAUCUUAGAAUGCAGUAUUGCUUACCAUAAUCUGGUUUUAUGUGUUACCAGUUAAAUUAGCUAAUGACUGCAGCAUGUUGGUGUAGCUGGACAAACAAAACAUGUCACUGAUUACACAUUAUUUACAUUAUUCUAAUGUUUUUGUAUAUACUUUAUUUGCAAUUUUAUGUUGCCUGAAAAUAACUGUACAAAGAAUCUUUGUUGAAUCUUUCUAAAAUUAUCAUUGUAAAUGCAAUCUUAACAAGAUAGUAAAUAAAA